AUGGAGUGGCAGAGAGUGCAAAAGAGGAAUUUUCGCGCAGUGCAGUCAAAGUGGGACUGCUUUCCGUUCAAUGGUGGUCGUUGGUUGGGUGUGGAGGAGUCGGUGUCGUCCUUCUUCUUUUCUGAUUUCCCUACUAGAGUCAGAGCCAAGGACAUCUUCGAGUUGUUUGGAUGCCACAGAGAGGUGGUGGAGGUGGUAAUUCCUCCUAGGUCUAUCAGAAAUGGUAAGAGGUUCGGUUUUGCUAGGUUCGUAGCGGUGGCGGAUGCGAGAAUCCUGGCGGUGAGGCUAGACAAUAUACUGAUCGAUGGUAGGAAAAUUCACGCUAACAUUCCGAGAUAUGAAAGGAAGUUGGGCUAUGGAGGUUUGGGGCAGCAAGGAGGUGGGAAGCGUGGAGGCGGCGUUAGUCUUUUUCAUGAGGGGAACAAGGUUGCUGAAGCGGUGAAAGUGAACAAGUACGUUGGUAUAUAUGUAGGGAGAUCUUUUGCGGACGUUGUCUCUAACGAAAAAGCAGCAAGGCAAGAUGAGGAAGGGAAGGCUUUGGUUUUCAAGGCGAGUGAAGAGGAGAAAAUUAGGUUGUCAGAGGCGUAUGUGGGUGUUAUUUCAAACCCAGGAUCAUCGUAUAACAUUCAAACUUAUUUUGAGAUGGAGGGAGUGUUCUCCAUCAAAGUAACUCCGGUGGGAGCGAACCUUUGCCUGUUGGAGGAGAUGGAGGAGGGUUACAUCGGGGAGUUGAUUGGUGAUGGCUCAACUUGGUGGAAACAAUGGUUCAUCGAUAUCAAGCCAUGGAAAUCACCGGACGUUGAUGAAGAGAGAGUUUCAUGGAUUCGCAUCAAUGGCAUCCCGUGUCAUCCUUGGUGUGCUGAGUUCUUCAUGAUGUUGGCUAAUUCGUUUGGUUCUUUUAUUUGUCUUGACGAAAACACGGCAAACAAAUCGUGCCUGGAUAUAGUGUAA